UUGGCUGACAUGGACAUGAUAAUCCAACCAAGGCUUCUGAGGGGAGCUGCGUCCAGGCCUGGAGUGGCCCUGCUGCUCUUGCUGCUGUUCAUCUCAGGUGCCACAGAGGCCCGCCUGCCCUUGCUGUCCCAGCCUCAGCCUUCUGUGCUGAGUGGGCAAGGCAACCCGCAGAUCUUGUGUGUGGUGCAGGACGUUCCCAUUGCGGCCCACGUCUUGUCCUGGUACCAGCAGCUGCAGGGCCAUGGUCCCACCUUCCUACUGAGUCAGCGACAAGGGGCUCCCCCGACCUAUGGCUUGGGUGUGAAUCCCCGCUUCCUGGCAGAAAUGGAUCUGGCCCAGAAUACUGCACGCCUCACCGUGGGCAAUGCCAGCCCUGCUGACGAGGGCAUCUACUACUGUGCCAUGUGGUUCUCAGGCCUGUAUCUCUUUGGAGAGGGGACGCGUCUGUUCUAUCAGGCGGAGGUGCAGGCUCCUGCUCUCCCACCACCAGUGCUGAGCCUGUUCAUCCCAGCCUCCGGUCCUCCCUCUGUCGCACUGUGUGUGGCCUUAGGACAGCACCCAGCCCCUCUGAGGAUCUCCUGGGUACUGAGAGGCCAACACCGGGAGGAGGACGAGUUCACAGGGAGGCCUGGGGGACCCCUGGUCAGCUGGCUGCAGCUGCCUCGGGAGGCUGCAGGGACGACCGUGAGCUGCCAAGGCCUGCACCAGAGCGGGGCCAUCGAGGCCGCACUGUACUUGCCUGGCGGCCCAGGGUGCAAAGAGCUGGACCCGAACUGGAAUGAGACUCAUGAGAGCAGUGGAGACAUCCCUCUUGCAGAGCUGGAGCACACGCUGGCUGCCGUCACCUACUGCUACCUGGGGCUGCUAGGUGCCACUCCCCUUUAUGGCCUGAUCCUGGUGGCUCUCUGGAGGAAUCGCUGCUGCCUGGGCCACCUGCAGGUGUCUCCCACCCAGGAGGCUCAAGCAGACGCUGGGGAUUCCAGGCCUCAGGAAGGCAGGGGGCACAGUCCUGCCAGGGCCCUGGAGGAUGAAGCACCAAGCCCCAGCGACCUGCAAGACCUCACGGAGGCUGCCUGCGUUCCAGCCUCCACCAGCAUUCAGCCAGCUUCCUCCUAGUCCCCGCCCCUCCUUACUCCUCUGCUCCCUCUUUCCUCCUCCCGGUUGCCCAAGUUUCUCCACAAAUAGAGUCUCUGAGCAAACAUGGCUGUGCUGUGCUG